AGAGUGAACUGCGUGGUUCGGGAGAGGGCUGGUGUCGGAACUUAGCGAGACAGGCUGGGCCAGGAGGCGCGUCCCGCGGACCUUGCGGGUGACACCGCCGAGGAAGCCCGCGGCUAGGGGUGUGGCUAGGGGGCGGUGUACGCCGCGGUGUCCCCCCACUCCGGGAGUUCCAGGUCUUCGCCUCUGGUCCCGCCUCUUUCUCGGAAGUGGCACACCCGUCGUCCAACCGGAGCCGCGGGCCGGGCGCGGCGCAGCCAACGGCGCGGCGGGGGGCGGAGCUGGGGAGGGGGCUCGCUGGGCCAGGGGAGGGGGCUAGGGGCCUCGAAGGGCUCCGGAGCGGCGACGGCGAGCCAUGGCGCUGGGGCUACAGCGCGCAAGGUCGAGCACGGAGCUGCGCAAGGAGAAGUCCCGGGAUGCGGCCCGCAGCCGGCGCAGCCAGGAGACCGAGGUGCUGUACCAGCUGGCGCACACGCUGCCCUUCGCUCGCGGGGUCAGCGCCCACCUGGACAAGGCCUCCAUCAUGCGCCUCACCAUCAGCUACCUGCGCAUGCACCGCCUCUGCGCCGCAGGGGAGUGGAACCAGGUGGGAGCAGGGGGCGAAGCUCUGGAUGCCUGCUACCUGAAGGCCCUGGAGGGCUUCGUCAUGGUGCUCACUGCCGAGGGAGACAUGGCUUACCUGUCGGAGAAUGUCAGCAAACACCUGGGCCUCAGUCAGCUUGAGCUCAUCGGACACAGUAUCUUUGAUUUCAUCCAUCCCUGUGACCAAGAGGAGCUCCAGGAUGCCCUGACCCCCCAGCAAAGCCUGUCCAAAAAGAAGCUGGAGGCCCCCACCGAGCGGUGCUUCUCCUUGCGCAUGAAGAGCACCCUCACCAGCCGCGGGCGCACCCUCAACCUCAAGGCGGCCACCUGGAAGGUGCUGCACUGCUCUGGACACAUGAGGGCCUACAAGCCCCCUACACAGACUUCCCCAGCAGGGAGCCCCAACUCGGAGCCCCCCCUGCAAUGCCUGGUGCUCAUCUGUGAAGCCAUCCCCCACCCGGGCAGCCUGGAGCCCCCACUAGGCCGGGGGGCCUUCCUCAGCCGCCACAGCCUGGACAUGAAGUUCACCUACUGUGAUGAGAGGAUCGCGGAGGUCGCUGGCUACAGCCCCGAUGACCUGAUCGGCUGCUCCGCCUACGAGUACAUUCACGCUCUGGACUCGGACGCUGUUGGCCAGAGCAUCCACACCCUGCUGAGCAAGGGCCAGGCAGUAACGGGGCAGUAUCGCUUCCUGGCCCGGAGUGGUGGCUAUCUGUGGACCCAGACUCAGGCCACAGUGGUGUCAGGGGGCCGGGGUCCCCAGUCUGAGAGUAUCGUCUGCGUCCACUUCCUGAUCAGCCGGGUGGAAGAGACCGGAGUGGUGCUGUCCCUGGAGCAAACGGAGAGACACUCUCGCAGACCCAUUCAGAGGGGCACCCCCUCCCAGAAGGAUGCCCCUAAUUCCAGGGACAGCUUUGAUGCCUCUGGUCCCCGGAUCCUGGCCUUCCUGCACCCCCCCGCCCUGAGCGAGGCCACCCUGGCCGCUGACCCUCGCCGCUUCUGCAGCCCUGACCUGCGUCGCCUCCUGGCACCUAUCCUGGAUGGGACUUCAGGAGCUGCCACCCCCAACGCACCCCCAGCCACACGGCGCUCCCAAAGUCCUCUUCCAGCCGAUCUCCCAGAUGAACCACUCAUGAACGUGGAGAAUACACACAAACUCUUGGCCUCGGGGAAAGACCUUGAGGCUGUGGAGACGGAUCUAGAUAUAGCUCAGGACGUCGAUGCUCUGGAUCUGGAGAUGCUGGCCCCCUACAUCUCCAUGGAUGAUGACUUCCAGCUCAACUCCAGCGAGCAGCUACCCAGGGCCUUCCACAGACCUCCAGGCGCUGUCCCCCGGCCCCGUGCUCGGAGCUUCCAUGGCCUGUCGCCCCCAACCCCUGAGCCCUCCCUGCUGCCCCGCUGGGGGAGUGACCCCCGGCUGAGCUGCUCCAGCCCUUCCAGAGGGGACCCCUUGGCACCCUCCCCCAUGGCUGGGGCUCGGAAGAGGACCCUGGCUCAGAGCUCAGAGGACGAAGCCGAGGGGGUGGAGCUGCUGGGAGUGAGACCCCCAAAACGGUCCCCCAGCCCAGAGCCCGAAAACUUCCUGCUGCCUCCCCUCAGCCUGAGCUUCCUUCUGACAGGAGGGCCAGCCCCAGGGAGCCAGCAGGAUGCCAGCACCCACCUCCUGGAACUGAAUGAGCCCCUGCGCCUGGGCCCCUCGCUGCUCUCUCUCUACCCGGAUGAGGACACCGCUGAGCCCAGGAGCCACUUCCAGCCAGCAGCAGGCUUGGCCCAGGCCAACUGAGCCAGCCCCCCUUCCCUUCUACUCCCCAGAAAGGACCUCAACCACACUCCACGCCGGCAGCCAACGCACAGGAUGGGGGUACCAGGAGAGGGGUUCCCUCUCUCCUCUCAGCGGCGCCCCCCGCCCACCUUGGGCCUACCUCAGCCCUCACCCCUCUGCCCCCCACGUCUGGGGGCUCUUUGGGGUGGUCUCAGCUCAGUGACCUCUGGGAGGGGGGCCCCUGGAGCCCUCCUCCUCCUCCUCUCAGGACUUCCCUUGGGGUUCUCAAUACUGGUGACCUCAUCCCUCUCUCCAACUCUCCUGGCUUGAUUUUGGGUGACCAGGGGUGGGGAAGGUUGGGGUUCAGAUCUGUGUUUCUGGGCUCUGGGGAGUAUUGAUAACCAUAAUCACAUUUCUUUUCCAUCCAUCUUUUAUUAUUAUUUCUUUUUGUCGUUUUCGUGAUAGGUUUUGAAUUGCUAUGAAUGGCCUGGGGUCCAUAGGAAUGCAGGACUCUGAUCCCCCCUCCUCCCUCAGGUGUUAAUGGGGGGGGGUCUCGGGCAGACCUCACCCCUAGCAACUUGAUUAGCCCCUUAGUCUUCCAAGUGGCCACCCCGCUCUGCCUGCCCCUCCACUGGGGACUUCCACUGCCCCCAGCCUCGCCUGGACACUGGUUUCAUUUCCAGGGGUAGCCUCCAGCUUCCUCUGCUCCCAGACCAGGCAACCUUGGGCUCUCUAUGGUUCUAGACCACACAACUUCUGACCUGCUGUUCUAGACUGCCCCGCCCCCAACACAUCCUCUAAACCCCUCUGACUCCAGACCUCGCAAAGUCCAGCUUUCUCGUUCUGGACCUCCCCGGCUCCAGCACUGUCUCUUUUCAUACCUCCACGGCCUCCCAAGUUAUCUGGUUCUAGGUCUCCACGGCCUCCAAGUCCCUCAAGCUCCAGAGCCUACACCCACCAGCGUCCUCUCGUUCUAGAACUCACUCUGACGUCCUCUGGUUCUAGACCUUUCCUUGUAAAUAAGUCUCCCUUGUAACAGAUGUCACAUGCUCCGAUUCCUGCUGAUUCCAGCUCUUACAACCAACAGCUGCCUCCGAUUCUGGACCCCAUGACCCAAGCUUCGUAUUGGUUCUAGUCUUCCUGAUCCGGAAUACACCGGGCUCCAAAUCCAGACUUCCUGAUUUCUGAAUCAUUUUGGUGGUACGCUUCAUGAUGCCCAGCUCCUUCCUUUUCAACUUUCUACCCUCAAGACUUAC